CGAGCACGGCCGAACGGUUGUUCGAAUCGCGACUCCCGCGUCAGUGCUGCAACCGCGUCCGCGGUCCACGGUUCACGAUUUCCGGGCCCCGCCGGUUCUGUUUUUUCCACACCCGUCAACCGCAAAAAAACGAGCAAGGACGGUCUCCGUAUUCCAGGAAGGCAGCAUAGUACUCGAACAACGAUAAGUGUGGUGGAUCGAGAUCAAUCGCGACCGGAAGCCGGCGAAAAAACGAUUGGACGCUUUUCCGAUGGCACGUUUUCCCGCCACUUCACGUUUACGCUAAGAUGGCGGCGGUCGCGAUACCAUCAUCCACGCGAAUUUCGGCGUUCGAAUCUCCUCGAAAGUGAUACACAGAAGAGAUAACAAGGAUCUUAGCUUACAUUCUGAGACUGUGAGAAAAGAUAGACGUUUCCAUUUGCUCGUAUCAUGACGCAACGGCGUCGUUGGAGGAAUCGUGUCCUUCCGGAAGUGAUCGUCGCGUCGACGGUAAGCCGGUAGAAUACUUGACUCUUCCUGGAACGUGAUCAUGGAACGAAGAAGCUUGUAAACGAGUGACGAUAAAAGAGUGCGAUGACAGUGACGAACGAAGAACAACCGUGGACGGAGCCGGUCACGGGGACGCCCUGAAUAACCUCAAACUUUCCUGACCAGACGAAACUACGACAGAUAAGUGUAGCUUACAAGUGCAAUAUCGUGGUGACGCGUCGAUCGUGUGCAAUAACCUAACGCUCGUUCGAAAUUUAAUUUUCUCGAGAAAGUCAGAUGGUGCGUAGUUAGAAGAUAGACAUAGUGACAGAUCAGACAGAGAGAGAGUAGUAAUAAUCUAGUCAAGAGAGCGCGGUAGCGAAAUAAAUUUUUAACAACGAAGUACGUUUUCGCGACAAAGGGACUCGAUCGAAGGUCGCGUAGCUGCGUAUGUGAGUAAGAGAAAGACCGCGAGGGACGGACAACGAAAACACAAGCCGCCGCUGCUCCUCACCCUUGACGGUGUCUAUGUAACGGAUACGGCCUGUUUACAUGACGCUCGGCUUCUUACCUUUAGUUCGUUUGUCCUCGUCUCGGUGUUAGCAUCGUCUAUCGAAUAAUCCGCCUCGUGUCGAACGUAUGUGCCGUGAUUACGUUCUUUUGGAGGUUAGUGCUCGUCCUGCCUGUAAGUGACGCGAUGCGUACGAUGGGUAAACUGUCGUUAAUAGAGACUCGGUGAAUAUUUCUCGCGACGUUGUUCAUCGCGUACGACGACGUUUACGUUGAAUAGAAAAGGGACGAAAAGUCGUGUUGGCUACCGGUUAAUUGGAAAGGCCAGUGACGUAAUUGGGAACCGUGGCGCCUCGGAACAGUUCUACGGUGGCGGAGAAAAUUCACCUGGACGGAAAUAAACGGUGUUCGGCAAUACGAGUGACUUUGGAAGUGAUCUAGUGAGAUUAUGUAUCCGUGGUACCGGGACAGCGUCGCGGCGGCGGCGGCGGCAGGCCUAGGAGGACCCGUCGGCGUCGUUGGUUCCGGUUUCUGCUCCACCGGCCCAGGACAAGGUGGUACCACCAUCAAAACCGAGAGCGGAUAUUCGGAUUGCAUGCUGGCCCUCGACUAUGUGCAGAGUAAGAAGGCCUCUUUUGCGUGGUCCGAGGGUGGCGAAGAGGGUGGCGGUGGAGGAGGCGGAGGUGGUGGAGGAGGCGGUGGUGGAGGUACGGCUGGCACCGGAACCGGAAGCACGGGCCCAACAGCCACCGGAGGUGGCGGAUUGGCUCAUUGGGUUAGCGUGAUGGCCGAACACAUCCAUAAUCCACAUUCCGCUACCAGUGUGGGUGGUGUUCAUCAUCAGCAACAGUCACCUCCUCAACCACCCUAUCCUUGGAACAAUGGCCUCUCCAGUGAGCAAUGCAAUCCCCACGACAAGGAGAGCGACUACUGGGGCGGUGGACGGGGUGCGAAACAAGGUUACGAGCACUUUCUGUUGCAGGCGAAAAUGAACGCGGACCACAGCCAGCUGCAGAAGGGUGAUGAUCAAUACCGUGGUGCUGGUGGAUCGAGCAGCGGAAGUCCUCCAGCGAGUUUGCUGGUGGUUCCUCAACCUUUGACCGUGAAACCUACUCAUCCAUCUCACCUGAACCCUCACCUGCCUGGACCUCAUUCUCAUCCUCCGAGAAAAUAUCAGUGCAAAAUGUGUCCUCAGAUCUUCGGUAGCAAGGCGGACCUCCAGCUCCACACGCAGAUCCAUAUGCGCGAGGCGAAGCCGUACAAGUGCACCCAGUGCUCGAAGGCGUUCGCGAACUCCUCGUACCUGUCCCAGCACACAAGGAUCCACCUGGGCAUCAAGCCGUACCGCUGCGAGAUUUGCCAACGGAAGUUCACCCAACUGAGCCACCUACAGCAGCACAUCCGCACGCACACCGGCGACAAACCGUACAAGUGCCGGCAUCCAGGUUGCACGAAGGCGUUCAGCCAGCUGAGCAACCUACAGAGCCACUCACGGUGCCACCAGACCGACAAGCCGUACAAGUGUAACUCCUGCUACAAGUGCUUCUCCGACGAGCCGAGCCUGCUCGAGCACAUACCGAAGCACAAGGAGUCGAAGCACCUUAAGACGCACAUCUGCCAGUACUGCGGCAAAAGUUACACCCAGGAAACUUACUUGGCCAAGCACAUGCAGAAGCACGCGGAGAGAACGGACAAGAGACCGCCGAUCAUCGGUACCGGGCUCAGGCCGUCGAUACACGCGAUGACAGCGCAUCACCAGGAUCACUAUUGGCCGAAAGUCAGCCCGGACUCGGUGAUCAGCGACCUGCACGAACGAUUGCCCCAUCACCAUACGGACUACCAUCAGAAUCAGAACCCGGAGAUGCUGUUACCUGGACACGGUCAUCGCGGCGAGUCGAUAGAGAACGAUUCCAGGCAACAGACGCCCCAACCAGGCGCGCCGAAUCAUCAUCCGAACAGCAGCUCCGCGUUCACGCCGAUCUCAUCGAUCUCGAUAAACUCGAUCUCCUCCAUGCAACACCCGUUGAACCCGUUGAACCACCUGCAUUAUCCACCGAGCCAUCAUCCAGCCUCCAGGCCGUACCUCUACGAAGCGUUCAACUCGACGCAGAAAUCGUCGCCUGCCUCGUCCUCGUCCGGGGUCACGUCCGGUACCACCAGCAAUCAGAACGCCACCUCGUUCCCGAAUCAGCUGAUCAGUCUGCAUCAGAUCAGGAACUACGCGCAUCAACCGAACCUCGGGAACCUCGGCAAUCUGGGCAACCUGGGCAAUCUCAGCAAUCUGAGCAACCUCAGCGCGACGAUGGAGAGCCACGCUCUUCUGGGCGGACUUAAGGAAAAACAGUAACUCCGGCUGGUCUUGGAGAUUAGGAGCAAACCGCUAUUUCUCCUCGGUUUCUUCUUUUUUUUUUUUUUUUUGUUUUUUCUUUUUCUUCUUUUCUUGUGCUGGUGUUUGCCAUCAGCUCCUCGUCCCUCUGCGUCCCCUUCCCUUCGAUCGUCCCGUUCGACGACUCACUCCUCUUCUUCGUUGGUUCUCGCCUCGAAGGGUGGUGCGUUGAUCACCAUUCCUGAUCCUCUCUACCCUUCGAUUUCUUUCGACUACUCCUCUAUCCUACUCUAGGUCCAUCUAGAUACCUAUUUCACUGUUCCUGAUCGAUCGACCAUGGUGCUAGAUGAUAAUUAAUUACCCUAAUGAAACGUUAUUCGAAUUAUCUUCUACUUCUUGGUUUCAUACCAUACACUGUUAGUAUAACAUUAACGUCAGCUCGGUUUGCCUUCUCUUUUUCUAUUAUUAACUAUCGAACGGUGGAAUCGGGUCAAUCCGGUGACCUAGACCUACGAAACGGACUAAAAUUAAACACUUGUAUAUUGGUUAAUGAAAUUUAUUUUUUAUUUGGAAAUUAUUCUUCUUUUUCUCGUACAAAAAGGAACGUACAAUUAUGAAAGCCAUUAAUUCUAUAAAGUAUGCAGCAUCGAACGUGUGUUAAUUAGAAUCUAAUUGCAUCAAGAUCGAUGAUCGCCUUUUUGAAAAGAGGGCCAGACGGGAACGGCCGGUCGCGUUUCUCGUCGAUGAUCGAUCUGAACAGCGAUCGAGGCGCCUGUAGAUCCCCGUUUGCUGGUCAAAUGCAAAUCAGGCCGGGCUUUUAAAUCGUUUUAAUGCUACCGAGCAUCCAUGCAUGAAGAGCGAAAUAUUAGAAAGUCUGUUCGAUACGGUGCCCGUAUCGAUCGGGGACUUCCCCUUUAGAUCGGUCCGCCGUGAAUCGGCGGGAUUGAUCUCGAUCACCGGUCAACCUCGAUGUAACCAAUCGUUCUGUUCCUUAGCUGAUUAACUUUCACGUUUCGAAGUUGCUUAGAAAGUAACCUGUUCGAACGAUUAUCCAAUAAAAUCAUGUUUCCUCGAGCUACCUGUUCGAAUCGAACAGUCAUCGAUAUAAAAAUUGAAGAAGAAGAUCCUGGCACUGGGGUCAUCGAUUUCUUAAAUACGUUCCCUAAACUACUUUCAAGGGUUAUCCUUAACCUUCGAGUUCCAUAAAGUUCCAAGCUUUCUUCGUCCUUUCGCAUUUCUCCCUGUCUCGGAUCUCUUUAGGUUUAUUAAUUGUCUGGAUUGCCUUUUUUUUUUUUUUCUCGCAACCCUGACCUACCUUUUCUGUUCUCCUUUUUGGUUCUUCGUCUGUGCUGGUCCCAUCAAUAAUCGUUUGACAGAUCUGUGUGUACUAUUUUGUUUUGUAGAUGAUACUUUUUCCUUUUCUUUUUAUUUAACACCUUGACUAUUCGUAUUGAGUAUUUUGGAUUAGAAUAAUGUUUUUUAAAUAGAUGAAACUUUCCGAUUGGUAGUCAAUGUGUUGAGCUUGUUUCUGUUUGGGGUUGUUCGAAGCUUGAAGGGGUUGCUUCUUGGGCUUUUUAAAUUGAAUGAAAAGGGGUUUGGAUAUUUUCUUUUGAUUUGUUAGUUACAGGUGUACAUUCACUGGGUGAAUGUAUCGUAUUUUUUAAAUACAAAGAUAUUCUUCUUAUUUUGCAUUCAAAUUACACGAGACGAAAAUACUGUUAACACUUUGAUUGGCAUAAUGAAAGACGAAGUGAAAUUAAAUUUAUUUUCAAGUUAAGCUUAAAAUUGUAUUAAUUAUUCAAUUAUAUUUGAGAUGUUAAUGAAUGCGAUGGCAGUCAAAGUGUUAAAUUAAUUAUUUCUAGAAUUCAGCAACUCGUAUUUGUCCUCUUUUUAUUCGUUUAAAAGAUUCGAUUUUUAUGAAACUUUUCACGCGCUUCUGACUGUUAGUGGAUCCGGAGCUCGCCCUUCGAGCGGGCAACCCCCGCGAAAGAUAUUUGGAAAAAAAAAAAGAAAAUAGAAAAAAUCGAUGGGACCGCCAGGUAAUUUCGUUCUUCUCAUAUUCCUGCCUCCCAGGAGCACUGUUCGUAAGAGAGAAUAGCAAAGCCAGGAGAAAUCGUGUCGUAAAGUACACCUAUUUUCCAAGGGGGGUGGCUCACCCGUCCCGAAACCAGUUGGAACGGGGUGGUUGGGCAUACCUUUCUGGGUCGAGUGGACGUUUCGUUCGCAACGGGAUAAUUAACGAAGAGAAUGUAUGUACGGAUGCAUGUGAACGAGGUACGGUUGUAUGUGUGCCAAAUGUGUGGAAGUUAAGCGGAUGAGGAAUCUAAGCAUCGUACGCACCUUUUAAAUACGAAUUACACAUACAGACACCCACAUCGAGGGAGACGUACACGCAGAUUAACAUGAGGGCACAAAAUUCGUGUGAAAGAAAUUUUUAGGAUAGAUCGACGACAGUGCCACGAAAUAAUAAACCCGAAAGUAACGGAGAUAAUAGGGAAUUAGAGAGGAACCAGGGAUAUUGAAAGGGUUAAACACAAGGCGCACAGAAUAAAGAGAAGAGGAGAGAAAGAGAGAGAGAGAGAGAGAGAAAGAACGGUAUGAAGAACCUCUUUGUAUAUAGUUAUUAUAUAAAUAUAUAAAUAUAUAUAUAUAUAAAUAAAUGAAUAAAUAAAUAUUAUAUAUAUUAUUAUUAUUAUUAAUUGAUUGAUCGAUUUGAUUAAUUGAUUAACGAGUUGGAUUAUCUUGAUCAGCUCAAAAAGUACCGCAUACAUUUCUAACAGACUUGACAUUUUUCUUUUAACAUUACAUUUAAAUAAAUUUAUCGACGCAAUUUAUAAAAUAAACUUGGGGUGUGAAUAAUCAUCCCUAUUGUCUCUCUCUAAAACAAAAUUUCUAUUUUUUCAGCUGAUUAAGGUGGAUUAACCCUUUAAUUAAUUGAUUAAUAUCCGGUAGGUGCGUAAGGAAGAAAGAGAGAAAGGAUAUAGACUCUACUGAAGAUAUUCUAAGUACCUUGUCUAAACGUGAAACAGCGAAAAGAGGGUGAAAAAGCGUGCGUGUUUGAGAGAGGACGAAGAGAUAGCAAAGAGGAGAAGUAAGCAAUCGUUGCCCAAAGUUAUAUUUAUGAUAAUUUUUCCGUUUCUUAAGAACGCGUUUAGGUUUUCGGUGCCCAGCCGACGAUCAAUUUCGACGAUCUUCUUCGAUCUUCCACCACUGUUUUUCCUUUUCUGUUAUUUUCUUUUUUUUUCAUCUUUUUUUAUACUUCCUUCAUUUCCUUCUUGUUCUCGAUCGUCGAGAUCGAUCGAACGGCUCAGGGAAAAUAUAUAGGUGCAUAGAAGAAAUUCGUGGCGUACUUAGAACGCCGGAAACGAUUUAGGUAAAAAGGAUUAAAAAAAAAAAAAAGGGAAGAAAAGGUAGGAGAACGCGUGUACUGUGUAGAUAAUUUCUUGUUACGGCGCCGUGUGUGUGUCACGUUUCGCAAGCUCAAUUUCUCGGGAGAAAGAAUCAACUAUUUUUUCCUUUUCGUUUCGCCGAGAACAACCCUAUUCUCACUUUUUAGUUUCGUUUCAGUUUCUUUUUAUUUUCUUCCCCUGAAUGUUCCUUCCGAUACACACACACACGAACAUGUACAUCGAGAUGCUUGGGAAAAAAAAAAAAAAAAAUGAAGUUGGCGAGACGCGACACGUCGGUGCUUCACCUGUGCUCAAGUUGUUUAAAACUAUUAGUUUGUUACUAAGACGAAGAAUAAAACCGAGUGGAUGCGAGAAUGAAAGGGACGAUGAAUGAAAGGGUAAGGUGUGUAUGGGAACAAAAGAGAACGAGAGAGGGUAUAAAUUAACACGUUGACUGCUGUUGGAUCACCUAUGACUGGUACUGCACAUUUAACUUGAAAAAUAAUUAAAAAUUUCGAAUUUAAGGUCAUAGGUUGAAUUCCAUCAUCCAAAGGUUAAACUGAAUUCGAAGAAAUUUAUGGUUACAAGAAAAUUUUGUAUAACGUUAACGUUAAAUCGAAAAUAUAAUAUUUCAUUCUCAAACUUCCACAGUGGCAGUCAAAGUGUUAAUAAAUUUUUCACAUGGAAGAGUUCCAAUCGCGUUCAAACUCUCAUUGUUUUUUUCUCUCUCUUCGACGUCAACCCCGUUCUUUCUUCGACGAAAUCAACGACUUAUCAUGGUAGCGUGUAUUAUCAUUUAAUUUGACAGGAACGGGGAUACGUCGAGGAUCGAAGAAGCGUACGUUAGACAAUGUUUCCGGUGAAACAUUGAUCGAGAAAAACGAACAAAUAAA